AGGAGACGAUCAGGCCGGAGCUUAAAGGACCAGAACUUCACGGGACAGGCCUCUUGGGUAAGCAGUGUUGUUAACUUGCUCAAUACCAGUAUUACUAACUUCAUCAGCGGGACCCUCGCGAUGCCUUUGGCCAUGUCCAACAUGGGUAUAACGUUAGGGACAUUGGUGAUUGUAUGGUCCGGCCUUACAGCAGCCUUUGGGUUAUACCUUCAAACUCGAUGCGCGCGAUAUCUCGACCGGGGAACAUCCUCCUUCUUUGCAUUAUCGCAAAUCACAUAUCCAAAUGCGGCUGUUGUAUUCGAUGCUGCGAUUGCUAUCAAAUGCUUUGGUGUGGGAGUGAGCUACUUGAUUAUCAUCGGAGACCUCAUGCCGGAUGUUGUUAGAGGAUUCAAUGAAGGCGCGGAUGCUAUCCCGUUCCUUGUCGAUAGACAUUUCUGGGUUACUUGCUUUAUGCUUGUUGUGAUCCCCCUUUCCUUCCUUCGCCGCUUAGAUUCCUUGAAAUACACCAGCAUCAUAGCGUUGAUAUCCAUAGGAUACCUCGUCGUCCUUGUAGUAUAUCAUUUUGCAAAAGGAGACACAAUGGCCGACCGAGGACCAAUAAGGGUUAUCAAAUGGGCGGGACUUGUUUCUACGCUUCAUAAGUUCCCAGUGAUUGUUUUUGCAUAUACAUGCCACCAGAAUAUGUUCUCUAUUCUGAAUGAGAUCAAAGACAAUUCACACCGCAGAACCACAAGCGUCAUUGCAGCAAGUAUUGGCUCUGCCGCAUCAGUCUAUGUCCUUGUUGCCAUUACGGGAUAUCUAUCUUUUGGCAACGCUGUCAAAGGGAAUAUCGUGGGGAUGUAUGUCCCCUCGAUUGCCUCAACAAUUGCCAAAGCAGCAAUUGUUAUUCUCGUCAUGUUCUCGUAUCCUCUUCAGGUGCAUCCAUGUCGAGCAUCCGUUGACGCGGUUCUGAAAUGGCGGCCAAACAGCUUUAAGACCGAACGUAACUCACCUAAUAGCUCACCAUCGAGAACAGUGCCUUUACUCACAGGCAGUCCAGCUCGACCUAUUGCGAGGAACGAUACGAUUGGCGAACUCAGAUUCGCAAUCAUCACCACGGUAAUAAUUAUCCUCAGCUACACGGUAGCAAUGACAGUAUCUUCGCUCGACAAAGUUCUUGCCUACGUAGGCAGCACGGGAAGCACGAGUAUCAGCUUCAUCUUGCCGGGCUUAUUUUACUACAAAAUAUCAGCCCCCGAAUCAAUACACCACCAACGAUUAACCAAGGAGGAAGAUGAGGACGACAGCGCUGACGAAGAGGAAGAGUUGGCGGGACAACCUACUUUCAGGUCGAAAGCCUGGCGAACAGCUUUAUUACGAAAGCUAGCUCUGGGAUUAGCCAUUUAUGGCGUUUUUGUCAUGAUUCUGUGUUUGAGCACGAAUCUUUUCUUCACUGGUAUCGCGCAUUAA